CGCUUUUUCUCUCUUACCGUCCCGUUCCAGCUUCACUUUUAUCCCCCCUGUUUUCAACCCCCAAUUCUUGGCCCUCCCCACCUUGCUUUGCUAGGCUUUUACCUUCUAGUUUCAACUCACAUGUGAACGCGGAGCGUCAUUCCUGUCCUGUCGACAAGCCCAUGUCCAACCAAGCGGCCAAGCCCAGUUCAUCGACUUCCAUUUGGAGCCCUCGAUCAUCCUUCAGAUUGGCAUGCCUCAAUGUACGCACAUUGCUACAGAUCGGUCAACAGGCAGCACUUGCCCGAACAUUAGAGACCCUCUCGAUCGAUAUCUGCUGCUUAUCGGAGACCCGCCUGCAAGACUCGAGCUCUGUGCUCACUUUGCGAUCCCCUUCAGGUGACACCAGCAGCACUUUCUCAUUGCGCCUAUCCGGUGACGAUGCAGCUUCGAGCACCGGCCAAGCCGGUGUUGGUAUUGCCCUGAGUCCCCGGGCUGAAGCUGCUCUGGUUGACUGGAUUCCAAUCAGUAGCCGGAUGUGUGCGGUCCGAUUGGCUGGCUCGUUCAAAGCUUCGAAGUCGCGCGGGACUAACAGGUGUCUAUUCGUCAUCGCUGCCUAUGCACCCACAAACUCUAGCGAUGAUUCGGUAAAAGACGACUUCUAUCGCCAAUUGAACGAGCUCCUUCGCCACAGAAGAAGCACGGACACUGUUGUGCUGGCUGGGGAUCUGAACGCUCAAGUUGGAAAAUUAUCCACUGAUGAACUGCAUCUGGGCGGCCAACAUGGUGUAGGCUCCCGUAAUGAUAACGGUGAGCGGUUACUUCAUUUGUGUGAAGAUGCUCGCUUAUUUCUUGCGAGCACUAAUUUCCGACACAGCACCCGCCGGAGGGUGACUUGGCGCCCACCAGCCUCGAACCAGCUAUGGACGCAAAUCGAUCACAUUGCGAUAAGUUACCGAUGGAGAGGCUGCGUCCAGAACUGUCGCUCGAUUUGGAGCACAUGUGUGGACACCGACCAUGCACUUGUAUGUGCUGACCUGCGGAUGCGUUUUGGCGGACGCCCAAGACGACGUGUGAGCGCAUUGACACCAGCCAACUGGCGAAGCCAGCUGUUCUGAAUGCCUAUCAAAGUACGCUGUCAUGCGAGUUGAGUAAGCGCUCACUGGAUACAAUUGAAGCUCACUGGUCUCAUAUUCACCAGACCUUACUAGCAGCAGGCAAAUCCUCAUGUGGUAAGUCUAAUCGCCAACAUGGACAUUGGGUCUCUUCGCAGUCUCUGGAACUUAUCGAUGCUCGCCGGCAUAUUCCGGCUGGAAGCGAACAUAAUGAAACUCGCAAAGAGCUCCGGGCAAAACUCCGUGCUAGCCUGAAGAGAGACCGCGAAUCCUGGUGGUCUCAUCGUGCAUCAGAGAUGGAAAUGGCCGCUGCCCUUGGUAACCAUCGUAAGUUAUUCCGUCUGAUACGGGAAACGGGCAGCAGGAGACCUGGUGUUAGUGAAACAAUUUAUGACGAGAGUGGACAGCCUAUCCACAAUUUGUCAAAACGCUUGGAGCGUUGGGCUGAGCACUUUGAAAGGCAAUUUAAUCGGUCGGAAUUGUUAGAUUUCUCGCCGGCCACUGAUCGUCCCGCUCCCUGGGCUGUCCCUUUGGAUCCACCCUCUCGCUCAGAAGUCGAACGUGAGAUCGAACUGUUGAAGUUAAAUAAAGCCGCGGGACCAGAUGAUCUUCAUCCAGCCCUCUUCAAAUUCGGGGGACCUGCUCUUGUGGAUGAUUUAUACGAGUUACUAGUGAAACUGUGGGAGCAGGAAACUGUCCCAACCGACUGGAGCCGCUCCGUCAUAGUCCCAAUUUUCAAGGGAGGCUCACGAUCGGAAUGCGGCAACCAUAGAGGAAUCAGUCUGAUCUCCAUCGCCUCCAAAUUGCUUGCCUCUGUCAUCCUUCACAGACUGACUGGCACUUGUGAAAGCCAUAUUCGUGAAGAGCAAGCCGGGUUUCGUCGAGGUCGUGGCUGCAUUGACCACAUCUUCACUUUGCGUCAGUUGUUGGAGCACCGUCACACAUAUUGGCGGCCCACCGUUGUCGUGUUCCUCGAUAUCAAAGGUGCAUUCGAUUCGGUGGAUAGACGUGCACUUUGGGACUGUCUACUCAGGAAAGGUGUACCUGAGAAAUAUGUAAAUAUUAUCCGAGCAUUAUACGCGCGUAGCUCAG